CAUACGCCACAUAAACCCAUUAACUGGCGCUUGAUCUCGGUCCAUUCCGGUCCAAUAACUUCCACUCUGCCUCAGUUGACCACGAUAAAACUGUCCAACUCCCGCAGGAUUUUCUAAAAUACGGCCCUUUGCUGCUGCGCGCUCCACGCAGCAAUUUGGGCCAUUCUGGCCGACUAACAUGCAUUGAUCGCAUACUUGCAGUCGGUCUUUCAUCCUCUCAAUGGUAUCAGUGUCCUUGUUUCUGAUCUGGGUGCUCCUGAUAGGAUGCCACGCAAAUCCGGACGCCAAAAGACUUUACGAUGAUCUGCUCAGCAACUACAACAAGCUGGUGCGGCCAGUGGCGAAUGUCAGCGAUGCUCUUUCGGUGAAGAUCAAGUUGAAGCUGUCGCAGCUGAUCGAUGUGAAUCUGAAGAACCAGAUAAUGACUACUAAUGUCUGGGUGGAACAGUCUUGGUACGACUACAAGCUGCAGUGGAACCCAAUGGACUACGGAAACGUGGACAUGCUGCACGUUCCUUCCGACGACAUCUGGAGGCCGGACAUUGUUCUCUACAACAACGCCGACGGCAACUUUGAGGUGACGCUGGCCACCAAGGCGACGCUGAACUUCACGGGACUCGUUGAAUGGAGACCGCCGGCCAUCUACAAGUCUUCCUGCGAAAUCGACGUGGAGUACUUUCCAUUCGACGAGCAAACGUGCGUUAUGAAGUUCGGAUCAUGGACCUACGACGGUUUCCAGGUGGAUUUGCGGCACACCGACGAAACGAAAGGCUCCACAAUAGUAGAGGUCGGCAUCGACCUGAAGCAGUUCUACAAGUCGGUCGAAUGGGACAUUUUAGAGGUUCCAGCCAUUAGGACGGAAAAGUUCUACAGAUGCUGCAAAGAGCCUUACUUGGACAUCACAUUCAAUAUCACCAUGCGACGCAAGACGCUGUUCUACACAGUCAACUUGAUCAUUCCCUGCAUGGGCAUUUCCUUCCUGACGAUUCUGGUGUUCUAUCUGCCUUCGGACAGUGGCGAAAAGGUCAGCUUGUCCAUCUCCAUACUUCUGUCGCUGAUUAUUUUCUUCCUGCUACUGGCCGAGAUCAUUCCACCCACCUCCCUGGUGGUUCCCCUGUUGGGCAAGUUUGUGCUUUUCACCAUGAUUCUGGACACAUUCAGCAUUUGCGUAACGGUGAUCGUCCUCAACGUACACUUCCGUUGCCCUCAAACGCACGUGAUGUCGCCGUGGGUGCGUCGCGUCUUCAUCCACAUUCUGCCGAGGCUAUUGAUGAUGCGCCGGCCCCACUAUAUACUCGAUCGGCGCAGCUUCAACAUGUUCAAUCCUCAAAUGGCACUCCUGCAAACCUGCAACGGUUUGCGCGCUGCCAAGCUACAGUACGACUCGGGCAUCAUCGAGCAGGAGGCGCAGGAGAUGCGCUCCAACACCAGCCUCUGCGAACGCCUAGCCAGCAGAGAGGCGGAGUCAGCCGGCCUACUGGCCUGCAGAGUGCACGGUACCACCUCGCCUAUCAUACGCAUGUCCUGCGAGGGCGAGUUUCAGCUAUACGAAGACCCCUGGAUGAAUGAUCUGGCCUGGCAUCAGUGCCCGGAAUUCCACAAGGCUCUCAAUGGGGUGCGCUUCAUCGCAGGCCACAUCAAGCGGGAGAAUGACUCUAUUAGGGUGAAGGAGGACUGGAAGUAUGUGGCCAUGGUGUUGGAUCGGCUCUUCUUGUGGAUAUUCACGCUCGCCGUGCUGGUGGGAACGGCUGGAAUCAUCUUGCAAGCGCCCACUCUCUAUGAUGACCGCCAGCCCAUUGAUCCUAACAUGUACGAAAUAAUGUCCAGAUCAGUUAAGCCAUACGUUGCCGUUACUUUGUAGCGUCCUCUGUAAAUGGAAUAAAAUGAUAGAAAAAG